GUAAAAAACAAAUAUCGGUUAGUAAGAGCAUGGCAGUGCGGUAGCUGAUCGCUUCGAACUCGAAGAAGCCGCGACUAAUUUGGAAUUGAAACGUCCCGUGUUGUCACCUUUAAUGAGAAAUUAUGCUCGGCUUACCCGCUGACCGGGCAACAUAUUACAAUCAGUGAAUUUGGGAGGAUAAUAAUACGGAAUUUACGUCAGUACAUGAUAAUGAUUGCAACUGUAGAGAAAGUAUGAAUAAUCAGUUCCGAAAUUGGGUCAUAGUCGAUCAACACAUGUAGAAGGAACUCUCGUUUAUGCAUUCAUAAUGUCGUGUGCAAACGAAGGCCAAACGUACAAAGUGAAAUAAAGGUAGGACAGUGACGACACCGAAGAAAUGUGUUCAUUUCUAGCGAUCUGACGAUACUGAGUCAGUUUCAAAGUGAAAUGCCGAUGUCACCAGGCAUCACGAGCAGAGAAAUUCGUUCCACUCACCCACAACAUCCAUCGAUUGGAUUGCGAAGCGGAAAAAAAAAUCUGCUGCAAUCAUCAGAGCCAGUCGGUGAGAAACCUUCCCCAGAAGCAGCAGCCCUCGAAAUGGCAUCAAUCAGAAGAGCAUCGCCAUUAUCGUCAUCAUCAUCGUUCCUGCUGGUGACAAUUACCCUAGUGAUGGUAGUGCUUACAAUUUGCGGUGAAAUUCAAACGGUUGCUGCUGCUGCUGCCAACUCGGAAGAUGCUGUGGAGUCUGCUACAGUGCAAGAUCGCUCCAACGGCAAGCUCUUGGCGCCGAGAACAUUCGGCCGGCUACGAAUGAUGAAGAACGUCAUGCUCCCGUUGAUGUUCCUAUUGGGUGGCAUCAAGACGCUUCUGAUCUUCCUGGUGGCCAUCGCCCUCAAAACUCUCUUCGUUGCCAUGACCAUCUUCGUGAUCAACAUCAGUGUUGGCUUAGCAAAGGUGAUCAACUUCUUCAAGCAUGGCAUCGGCGGUCAUCACCAUAAGGACCUCUGGUCUUCGGGACCGGACAAGAACAUCCACAUCCACAUCCAUUCGGACCCUAGUCAUCACCUGUCGUUGGAUGGCCCGGUGCCACCUCUGGCAUCGGUUCAUAGUAGCGUUUCUCCGACGAUCCACAGUGGAGUGUUCCCGUACUCGAGAAGUGACGUCAUCGAACCGAUCUACACCGCUCCAGGGCAUAUCAAUUCUUACAGCAAGAUGUACGGAUUACCGACUGCGCUGACCAACGCUCGGCCUCAGAGCUUACCGUACUCCGGAUGGCAACACACGACUCAGAAACGAUAGGGUUUAAUCAACUUAACUUAGGGAAGUACUCAUAGAAUAAUACCAAAUCAACCAAUGAACUCCGCUAGGAGUGCACAGUGUUUUAUUUUGUCGAUUUCGUGUGCUUCAAUAGCGUCUUAACCGUUGAUUUUAGCGACAUGAUUUGUUCGAAGAAGCUUUUUGGUAUCUUUGGAUUCAAAAAGUUUUGUAAUAAAUCCACAAAAGACGUCGGGAGGACAAAAGGUCGAAAAUGAUUUGCAUGUUGGGAAAUUUUUUCUUUCAAAACAAAUUUUCGACGUUUUGUCCCUUCUUUUUGGUUCUUCAAUCUUUUGUCAUAUAUUCGUCCUUCUGAAUGUUAUGAAAAACAAAUUUAACUUAAUGCUAUUUAUAACUUCUUGUAUCAAAAGAUACCAAAAAUAGUUUCACCGAACAAACCAUAUCGUUAAAAAAAGUUGGAACGUUAUUCAAUGAGUGCACUGAAUCGGCAACCUAAAACACUGUGGAGUGCAUCGCGAGAACAAAACGUUCAACUCAUGUAAAGAAGAUAUUCAUCGCAGGUUUAACUUAUUAUUUAUUACUCUCAAGGAGGUGGCGACUUUCUUGCCCCCGUCUUGAGCUCUUGUUAACUCACUAAGGUUUCCCAUUUAGAUUUAACGAAUUUGCAAGCGAAAAACAAUGUUCGGUUAAUUGGGCCCUCUAAUUGACCAUGUUGCGUGUGUAUGCUAGAGUAGUAGGUAAAAGUAAAAGUGUAGACGUAGCUUAUGCUGAGGCCGAGAGUACCGAAUGGAUGAAUCAACGGAUGUGCGAACGCGAACAUAACGAUUUGUGGUGAAAAUAAAGAAGCUAAAUCAUGUAAAUUAAC